AUGAAUAAUAUUUCUGGACAAUUCCGUAAAACAAUAUGGGAUCCAUUUCUUAUUAUAUCUCAAAUAAUUGCUAUUCAAACAGUGAUGUAUUUUUGUCUUGGAUUAUGGAUUUGGAUUGUUGCAUCAUAUAUAGGAUCCACAAAAUCAUUAGAUUAUGUUUUCCAUUAUAAAGAAAUCCAUGUUAGAGAUUUUGCUGGUCAGUUUAUUAUAAUUAUUUUUAUUUUAAAUGCAUUGAUUGGAGCAAUUGCGUUAUGGUGGCUAGUACAGAGAACAAAACAAUGUAUGGAUUUUGCAUGUACAGCACAUUUAAUACAUUUGUUAUGCUGUUGGGCAUAUAAUGCAAGUUUUCCAUCAACUUUUAGUUGGUGGUGUUUAAAUAUUAUAUCUUUAAGUAUAAUGUGUGUCUGUGGUGAAUUCCUCUGUAUGAAAACCGAAUUGCAAGCAAUACCAUUAAGUAUGAAUAGCCAAAAAACAGCUUUAUAAAAAUUUAUUACUAAAGUCAAAUUUUGUUUAGAAAAUUUAUUAUUGUUUCAUAAAUUAAAAAGUUUAAAAUAUAUAAAUAAAAGAGAUCUUGUCCUAUGUA